AUGCAGGCGCUGCGUGUGUGUGUGUGUGUGCCAUGCAACAACGUCACAACAAACAUGCUGCGACUCGGUGACCCUCACAUCGUUGUGGCCCUCACGAACAGCCCAGGCACGGCCCACACCGAUGCACUUAGUGGACGGAGUGAGUCAUCUUUUGGGGCGCUGCAGGGAACAGGAUGUGUUGACGCAGCCACGACGUGCAUAGAGUGUCACGAUGGCACAGUCAGCUGUGGCUGGUGUAAUAUUUACUUCUCGGAGGCAACGGAGGAAGAGGGGGAUCUGCUCCUGCUGCUGGCGUCGUUGCUGCCUUUUGUAGCCUCCAAUGCCGAUUAUUGUCUGUCCGCUGAUCAUGGGUGGCAUGCCUCCACUAGUGACGUCGUCUGCAGGCAUUUCACAGCAACAGUGAAACACACAUCACGUCGCAUGCUUUGGCUGUGGAUGUGGUGUCGUAAGUGCAGCCGGCAUUAUUUUGCCCGACUCCUUUUCACUGCUUUGCGACAAAUAGAUGCGUCCCCGCCCGAGUCAUUCACUGCAGCUCCGUGUGUUGUACUGCCAGCACAAGACUCUCUUGUUGUCUGA